UACUCUGCUUCCACAAUUUCUGCAUUGGAAAGUUCCUUUUUUCCUGACAACCCCACAUGAGACAGCUGCUGUAGGCUAAAGCCAUUGGCUUUGUGUACACAGCGGAAGUAGGCUUCUGAGUUUUAGAAAUUGGACACUCGUUUCGCCAGUGACCCUUAUUACUGGCAUACAUGGGCAGGAACAAAUUUACCAUCUGUACCAGGAACAGACCUGACUACAGGGGCAGAAGUACUCCCACCAGAACGAGAACGAGGCAUUCCAGUAAAACUUCCAUUGAGCAUUGACCGUUGUGCGGGGAAAAAUGCACAUAUCAGAUAUCACAGUGAGAGCUAUGACUCCCCAACUCUACCUGUGCCUCCUGGUCCUGGGACACCUGUGCGUGGUGCUCUCUUGUCGGGUGGGGACGCUGAGGGAAUGCAGGGCAGCCAAGUUCGUCCCCGGACACAACCUGGCGGGAGAAGGCUUUGACGUCGUGAAGCUCCAGCACAAAGGCGCUUACGUGAUCGACCUCAAGACCUUUCUGGACUCAAACAAAUCGUGCACCCUCUGUGAGAACCCGCUUCUCGGAGGCAAGCUCCAGAAACUGCCGCUGUCCGUGCUGGACUGGCGGGCCUUCACCAGCUGCAGGCAGGAGCUGUCCAGCACUCUGCUCAAAACCGUCACCACCGUGGCCGACAGCGCGACCGACCUCAUCGAGAACGACUGGACCGUGGGCCUGGGCCUCAGGAACAUCGGCCAUCUAACCAUUGGUGGCAGCCACUCCACCGCGGUCAAGUUCGCCAUUAAGGCCAAUGCGAUCGACAAGUCCGUCUUCACUUCUCACCAGCUCAGAUGUAGCCACUACAGCUACCGUGUCGCAGGAAACCCGCCUCUCAGCCCAGAGUUCCAACAGCAGUUGCGCUCUCUCCCACAGGAGUACAAUCUGAACACACGGCACCUGUACAAACGAUUCAUCCACACCUACGGAACGCACUACAUCCAGCAGGUGCAACUGGGCGGUCGUCUGAAGAGGCUCACCUCCAUCCGCUCCUGCCUGGCCACCGUCAACGGCUACUCGGCCACCAUGGUGAAGGACUGCCUGAACACAGGCCUCUCUGUGGGGCUGGGAUUUCUGGAACCUUCCGCCACCACCUGGUCCUGCAGAGCUCUGCUAAAGAACAAGGACCGGAAGACGGGCUCCUUGCAGUCAUACCUGAACCAGGUCGUCGAGGUCCUGGGGGGGCUAAAGUGGUUGGGGAAGGUGUCCAUGUUCAAGAAUAAAUUCUUUGCCUUCCGAAAAUGGCAGACCAGCCUCAAGGACCUCCCUGACAUCGUGUCGUACUCUCUGGUCCCCCUCCACGAGCUGAUUCCCAACCCUGUCGUCAGGGUGAACGUGAAUUCCGCGGUCAACCAAUACCUGACGGAGAACGCUAUCCCGAAGGACAAGUCCUCCAAAUGGUGUUUUUGGCAGCCCAACCUUUCUGCUGACUGCUGCCCCCAAAACUCGAAGAGAGGCCGGCUGCGGGUGACGGUGAACAGGGCCUGGGGGCUGCAUGGGGACCCGGUGGGGAAGCCAGAACCCUAUGUGAAGUUCUGGUAUGGAUCCCACUUCCACGAGACCUACUUUAUCAAAUCGGAGAACAACCCCUACUGGAACCUGGUCUAUGAUCUGGGUCACGUGGAGGCCUAUCACGAGCUGACGAUGCAAGUGUGGGACAAGGAUGUGUGGCAUGACGACCACCUUGGCACCUGCCGUACGCGACUGCAAGAGGGCAGCCACUCCCUCAGCUGCAGCCUGUAUGAAGGAGGGGGCUUCUCCUACUCCUACACUCUCACCUGCGACCCACAACUCAGCGGCUACCAGUGCGGCACGUACAAGCCUGCUUAACAGUACUGGGUCAGGGGACAACAGGCAGUACAAGUCUGUCCCCCAGUGAUGGGUCAGGAGACAACAGGCCAAAUAAAAAUAAAAAACAUUUGCACACUGAUCUGGUCACAGAAAGACCAGAAAAUGUACCUGCUUUUAUCAUCAAUGAACAAGAAUGUAAUCCUCCAGAGCAAUGUCACCAUCACCAAUCUACUGCAAUGCAUGUUUUAAAUCAGCACUUAUUGCUGUGCUACCUUUGUUUUUGUGCUACAGCCUUCUAAAUUUCAGGGGGCCAUCACUUAAGUGCCAAGUUGCAUGACAUCCACAUUUUACAUGGCCAUAAUUAAAAUAAUAAUUAAAACAUACAUUUCUAAUUCUCUCUACCUCUAUAAUGAAUAUAUAAUUUUGAAGAUAUUGGGCCUUAACCCUUUUAGUUCCAAGCCAAUAUGAAGUGGCUCCAUCCAAAUCCCAGGGCAUUUCGGCUAUGGUUGAGAACAUUUAGGAAGGUUGACUCGAGAAAUGGCUGAUUUGCAGGGCUCCCAACUAACCUUUUCAACUGGUGGCGCAAUCACAAAAUUUUGCGUGUCCUUGCACAUAUAAAUUAUACAUACCUGUACAGUGGUCCCCAGAAUUAUUUGCACCCUUCAUAUAAAAUCAGAAAAAUGGCUGCCUUAUUAUAUACAACAUAGACAAUAAUCUAUGUUAUGUUUAAACAUAUGGGUCAACGAUAUACUUUUAUUUCAAUACAUCAUUACAAUACACUUUAAUACAAAAAUGUUUUUUAUUCAGGAAUCUCAUUUUUCUCAUAGGUCUUAAGAAUUAUUAGCACCCCCUAACAUUUAUUGUAAAUACAAUCAAAUUCAAAUUUCAAAUUCAAAUUUAUUAAUGGAUAACCCCUAGAGAUGAGCCAUCUCGUUUUCGAGGGGGUCCAACACAGAACAUACAAUACAAUACAAUACAAUAGUACAGUACAACAAACACAGUCAGAUACACCAUACAUACACAGAGGCUCUCACUUACCGAUCCAGCCCGCACAUCGUUCCCAUAAACCCGCAAUACCCACACAAAAUAAGUAGGAGGUAGGUACAACAGAAUGUGUUGAUGACAAUGACAGUAGUAGUAAUAAUAAUAAUAAUGGUAAUAAUGAUGAUAAUAAUAAUAGUAACAAAAUAACCAACAAGCAAAUACAGUGAUGCAAGGAAGGAAGCAGGAAGACAGUAGCAUUAGAAGCAGCAACAUGACGUUUUAAGAAAGGGUAAUAAUGAGUUCUUGAAUAUACUUAGUGAGAUAAUUGUUCUGAUGUUGACGGGUAGAUUGUUCCAGUCGGAGGGAGCUUUGAAUUUGAAGGCGCGUCUGCCAAUUUCUUUCUUGGUUUUGGGAACAGAGAAGAAAGGUUGCUGUAUAUGUCUAAGAGAGUAUGAGGAUAUGUGUGGUACUAGAUAAUGCUUUAGGUAAGAGGGAUAGUUAAAGUGGAUGCAUUUGAGGAUGCAUUGGAGCCAAUGGUAAUGUCUUCGAGCAUUGAGGGGUAACCAGUUCAGAGUUUCCUACAUAGAGCAAUGAUGAGUUUGAUAGGGACACCUUAGAAUAAAUCGACAGAGACUAUUGUAAAUAACAUUAAGGGGUUGAAGAUGUGUUUCGAAGGUGUUCUGAUAAACAAUGUCAGCAUAAUCCAAUAUUGGCAAUAACAACUGUGUAACGAUUCUUUUUCUCAUCUGAAAAGUAAAGCAAUUUAUGGAGCGAUACAGUAUGCCCAAAUUGCGACUUAGUUUGUUAGUGAUAGUCUCAAUAUGUUGUUUAAAAGAAAGCACUGGGUCGAUCCAAAGUCCAAGGUAUUUAUAAGAAGUCACAUGUUCAAGAGGUGAUCCAUCAUUAAAAGAAAUAGUCAGGUCUGAGGCAUCACUCAGACCGUGUCUGGUACCAAGCAACAUACUACAUGACUUCCUUUUGUUGAGCAGUAGUUUGUUGAGUGAGAACCACUUCUGAACAGAGGCAAACUCACGUUGCAAGGAUCUCUCAAUUGCAGAUCUGUUAGUGCUAGAUGUGUAAAUUGCAGUAUCGUUGGCUUAUAGUUGUACUUGACAGUCAGAGCAGAUUUUAGGAAGGUCAUUAAUAAAAAUGGAGAAAAGGAGUGGACCUAAUGAUGAGCCUUGUGGUACUCCCUUCUCGACAAUUAAGUAAUCGGAUUGACUUCCAUUGAGACUGACGCAUUGGCGUCUAUUGUGAAUCAAUCAAAGUGAAAUAGGCAAUAAAAUGUUCUUUAUCUCAGUUUUAUCUCAGGGUAAAGGAACUAUAUUGUCAUGUCCAUCACUUCCUGUUAAAUAGAGAAUAGAAAUGAGGUAAACUGCAUGCAGUACAACAAAUAUGAAGGUGUGAAAUUAGGUUAAAAAAAAUGUCUGUCAUCCAUAAGUAUGGGAAAAGCCAAAUAAUUGUCAAUUCAGAAGAUACCUACCUACCUUCAAAUAUGGAGAUGGGUUGUUGAUGUUUUGGAGAUAAUUUGCAGCCAGUAUUCCAGUGGCUUUAAGAUCAGUGGCAUAAUGAAUUCAGCCAGGUACCAGGACAAACAAUAACCUCUUCAAAUGUGUUCUCUAACCUUAUCACACAUUAUAGAUAAAGAUCCAUGGCUGUCAUCUUUGCCAGGGGUGUUUGCAUAAAGUAUUAAACCAAUAAUUGAAAUCUGUUGGGGAAAUGCAUUUUCAAUUUGAAGAAUGUUAGACUGCUCUAAGAAUGAGUAUUUGACGGGUCAGCUGUGGGGCACUCCAGGGCACGCCAGCUCCUCCUGCGUCAAGAGUUGGGUGUCUGAUUUUUUGAUUGAAUUUCGAGCUUUGGCGGCCUCUGCUGGCUGGAAGCUCUGACACAGUCUGCCGCAAACUCGCACCACGGCUUAUCGGCUUAACUGAAAUAUUAUUUCCAGUACUAUAUAUGCAGUAUAACUACCUUGUGUCUUGUUGAUUGAUGUGCUCAGUCUUGCCAUGGUGUAUGACUUCUGACAUUAAACUGUCUUCAGCAACCUCACCUUGGAAGCAGAGUUUGGCUGUUCCUCAUCAGUUUUAACCCUCCUACACAGCGGUUUCUGUUUCAGUUAAUGAUUGUGUUUCAAACCUACAUAUUAAAUUGAUGACCAUUAGUUCCUGUUUGGUAUAAUUGGUUAAUCACACACCUGACUAUAUGCCUACAAAAUCCCUGACUUUGUACAAGUGUACCAAGAAGAAUUGAUGCUGGUUUGAAGGCAAAGGGUAGUUACACCAAAUAUUGAUUUGAUUUAGAUUUUUCUUCUGUUCACUCUUUGUAUUUUGUUAAUUGAUAAAAAUAAACUAUUAACAUUU